AUGUCAUCCAACUCCAAUUCUCAUGAAAUCGUCAUCUUAGGUGGAAAUUUCGCAGGUGUUAAUGCUGUUCAUUAUUUGCUUCGUCAGACCUUACCUCAGCUUCAACGCCUAGACCAAUCGAAGUCUUACCACAUCACACUCGUUACUCCAAAUACUUCCUUCUACUUUAAAAUCGCAAGUCCUAGAGCUCUUAUCAAUUCGACAUUAAUCCCACAAGAGAAGAUUUUUAAACCUUUGUCAGAGGCCUUUGCCCAGUAUGAUGCUUCACAAUUCGAAUUAAUUCAAGGGACUGCUUCAGAUCUGGACCCUGCACAACGAUUUGUCACUGUAUCAAAUGAACAAGGCGAUACGCGACAAAUUCAUUAUGAUUCCCUCAUUAUUUCCACAGGCACAACCUCAAAAUCUCCAUUAUGGGGUCUCCAUGGAAAUGAAUCCAUAACAAAAAAAGCUCUCGAUUCCUUAAACACCGCACUUCCAAAUGCGAAAACCGUCUUGAUCGCUGGAGGAGGAGCAGUAGGUGUCGAAACGGCUGGAGAAAUAGCUACAAAUUAUCCUAACUGCAAAGUAACACUACUUUCCGGAGCAAAUAGACUUCUUCCCAGGAUUAAAGAAGCAACAAGUGUACGAGCCCAAGAUUAUCUCGAAAAUAUGCACGUGGAAGUCAUACACAAUGUACGCGUCGCAAGUACCAACCCGGCACAGCCUGAUGCUUCACCUGCUACCCUCCAACUUAGCGAUGGUAGCUCUCGUGAGGUCGAUAUAUAUAUCGACGCUACAGGAGGUAGUGCCAACAGCCAAUUUUUACCUAAAACUUGGCUCGAUGAAACAGGACGAGUGAUCACACGCGAUGCAUACUUCCGUGUCAAAGGAGCUGAUUCAGAUGAUGUAAAGGGAAUAUAUGCACUAGGGGAUAUCGUAGCCGGUAGUUCUAAUCUAGCUAUGGAAGUCGACCCUAUGAUUACAACAUUAUCUUCUUCAUUAGCGGUAGAUAUUUCCGGCGAUCUCGAUAUCAAGAAACCCGCCACGCCGGCUCCGGGAUACCUAGCCUCAUUGUUGAAGAUGUUCUUAGGUGGUUCGGAUGGUUAUCCUGUACAACUGGAGUUCAAACCAUUGAAAGAGACGAUUUUCGUACCAAUCGGUAGUGCAGGUGGUGUAGGACAGAUUAUGGGUUGGAGAGUCCCUAGUUUGAUGGUAAAGAUAGGGAAAGGAAAAUCUUAUUUUAUUGAACUUAUUGGUCCGAUUAUUUCUGGGGAGAAGUGGAAGAAGGCAUAA